UGAGGAAUAAAAUCCUCCCUGUAAAAUUUACACAGAAAAUCACUGAUCCCAAUGGGAGAAAAUUCUAUCAAAUAGACAUGAAAAAAUAAUUAAAAAAGCAAAGCCUUUUCAUUGCUUUGUGUAUAAAGUUGAUCAAGGAAUUAAAGGGACUUAGGUGGAUCAAGGAAUUACAUUUCUGGUCACUCUGGAAAAUAUAUUCGUCAUAAAAAUUAAUGAAUUUUGAUGUAAUUCUGAUUCUAAAAAUGUCUGUAGUCCUUGACCCAAAGUGUUGAGAUGGUGGGACCAAAAAGUGGGUUUAAAACUGGGGACUCAGACUCCAAGAAUGAACUAGUGGUUACCAAAGGGGAGAGGUGUGGGAGGGCGGGUGGGGAGGCAGGGAGAAGGGGACUGAGGGGUAUUAUGUUUAGUACACAUGGUGUGGGGGAUCACGGGGAGAACAGUGUAGCACAGAGAAGGGACAUAGUGGAUCUCUGGCAACGUGCUGCACUGAUGGACAGUGACUGCAGUGGGGUAUGGGUGGGGACUUGCUAAUAUGGGUAAAUGUAGUAACCACAUUGUUUUUUCAUGUGAAACCUUCAUAAGAGUGUAUAUCAAUCAUACCUUAAUACAAAUUUUAAAAAAUAAAAAUAAAACUGGGGUCUCAGAGUACUCUGAAAUGGUCUGGCAUGCAUGCAUAACCAUACUGUACAUAACCACUCCUCAGGCCCACAUAGACUCAGCCCUUCUUCCCAGAGUACGUGCCAUGCUCACUACCUGGCAUCUGCCUCCAGGGCGGAACCAUGGGGCCAUUGUGAGCCUCACAGGAUUCCGGUGGCCUCACAAUGUCCCCCUGAGGUCAUCAAGAGAUAACCUCACCAGCCCCUGAGCUUGAGGCACAAGUCUCCUGAGGCCUGUGUGGGGGAUCACCCUUGGUCCUCCCUAGCCACGCCACCAGGGGAAGGCCCAGAUUGAAGCCUCUCAAGGAAGCCUCUGAGGGGAGCAGGAGCUGGGAGGCACCUCACCCACCAAGGAGCAACCCGGUGGAGACUUCUAGCUGCCAUCCUGGAGGACCUCGCACCCAGUUCCCUUCAUCCUCCCCAGGGAGAGAUGCAGGAUGACACUUCGUUGCCCCCGCCAUCUUUACCCUUGGCCUCAAACACUGCCUUGAGCACCAGCAGGCAGGCCAGCACGUCCGGACUCCCGAGCGAGAAUGAGACUGACCACCAUGCCUGCCCCAAAGGCUACCGGAAGCCCAGCAUCUCCAAGGUGAUUCUGGGGGUUGUGGCAAACAAGGGGGCACACACCCACGUGUCCCUGGCCACCCUGAAGAAAGCAGUCGCCACUACGGGUUACAACAUGACUCGCAACGCCUGGCGCUUCAAGCGAGCGCUCAAGGGGCUGGUGAACAAGGGCAUUCUCAAGCAAGUGACCGGCAAGGGGGCCUCCAGCUCCUUCUGCAUGGGCAAGAAGAACACCUCCAAGUUCAAGCUCAAGGCCAAAAGCAGGCAACAGCAGCAGCGGGGGUGGCCUGGGCAGCGCAAGUUGAUGCUGGGCUCCAAACAUGGGCGCAAGCGGCAAGGCAAGGGGGUUCGCAGGGUGGCCAAAUGCAGCCACAAUUAAAGAAGCAGGCUUGCAAGCAGGCAGGGCACCAGGCUGCCACAGGCUCAGUGCAGUGGGAAUAAAAGGAGCCUAACUUAUUUCACAACUGCCUCCUGGAAUCUUUGGGGCUCGGGUGGAAGAGGAAGAGGGCUGGAGCACAGAAGAAGCACAAGGCCAUGGGAGGGGAAAACCUGGGAAAAACUAGGGGGAGAUGGAUUUGGGAAGGGCUGGAGGAACUGAAAGCACCCAUUAGCUAGUCCAACCACAUCAUCUUGCACGUGGAGAAACUGAGGCCAGAAAAGGUCACAGGAAUUGUGUGAUAGAACCCAGCCUAGAACCCAAGUGUCUGACUCAGCAAAGUGUGUGGGUGUGUGCUGGGAACUCUUAAGUUGCUUCUCAGACCCUUUCCCCCAAGAGGCAAGCAGAUCCCCAAAGUCUGGUGAGGCCCCCUCCCCUGUCCCAUGCAACCACAGACUGUUCCAUGGAGACCAGAAAGUGAGGCCAGGCCAGGAUAGGUCCGGCCUAGCAUUCAGCAGCCCCGGGCUGGAGCUCAGAGGCCAAAGGUAGCCCCCAUCAUUCCAGAGAAUCUGGUUUGUCAGUCUGCUCAUGGAGGCUGGAAAGGUCCAGUUUGACAGUCUAGUAGGGGCUCCCACCCA